UGCUACAAAAUCCAAAAACCCACUCAAAUGUUUCUUCGGAGUUUUUCUCGUUCAUUGAUGGAGCUCAAGCUGAUCGCGGCGGUAGCUUUUUUGCUACUCUCGGCGACCGUCGCCGCCGACUACGUCCGACCUCAGCCUCGCAAAACUUUGCAUUUCCCGCUCAGCCACAAUCCCUCGUCUCACCCCCAGCAGGUGCACAUCUCUUUGGCUGGAGACAAGCACAUGCGAGUGACAUGGGUCACUGGUGAUAAAUCUUCUCCUUCAAGUGUUGAGUAUGGGACAUCACCUGGGAGAUACAGUUCUGUAGCUCAGGGAGAAAGCACAUCUUAUAGUUAUAUAUUCUAUAGCUCAGGGAAGAUACACCACACUGUCAUUGGGCCUCUGGAACAUAGCACGGUUUACUUUUACAGAUGUGGAGGACAAGGUCCCGAGUUCCAGCUGAAGACCCCUCCAGCACAAUUUCCGGUUACUUUUGCUGUGGCGGGGGAUCUGGGUCAAACUGGCUGGACCAAAACAACACUAGAUCACAUUGAUCAGUGCAACUAUGAUGUGCAUCUGCUUCCUGGGGACCUUUCGUAUGCUGAUUAUAUGCAACACCGGUGGGACACGUUUGGUGAGCUGGUGCAGCCACUUGCAAGUGCGAGGCCAUGGAUGGUUACAGAAGGGAACCAUGAAAAGGAGGUUAUACCAUUUUUAAAGGAUGGGUUUGAAUCCUAUAAUGCUAGAUGGAAAAUGCCUUUUGAGGAGAGUGGAUCAAGUUCGAAUCUUUAUUAUUCUUUUGAAGUUGCCGGUAUUCAUGUUAUCAUGCUUGGUUCAUAUACAGAUUAUGACGAGCAGUCAAAUCAAUACAGGUGGCUCGAGAAUGAUCUGUCAAAGGUGGACCGGAAAAAGACACCUUGGCUGGUGGUGCUAUUCCAUGUGCCUUGGUAUAACAGUAACAAGGCUCAUCAAGCUGAAGGUGAUGAUAUGAUGGCUGCCAUGGAACCCUUGCUUUAUGCUGCCAGUGUGGAUUUAGUACUUGCUGGGCAUGUGCAUGCUUAUGAACGCUCGAAACGCAUCAAUAAUGGAAGAUUUGAUCCUUGUGGUGCUGUCCACAUAACCAUUGGUGAUGGGGGAAACAACGAAGGUUUAGCUCACUGGUAUAUAGACCCACAGCCUGAGUGGUCAGUCUUCCGUGAAGCAAGUUUUGGUCAUGGGGAGCUUAAGAUUGUGAAUUCAACUCAUGCCUUCUGGAGCUGGCAUAGGAAUGACGAUGAUGAGCCUAUAAGGUCUGAUCAGGUCUGGAUAUCAUCGCUGGUGAGUUCAGGAUGUGUUGCUGAGAAGAGACAUGAGCAGAGAAAGAUGCUUUUGGCACCUUAGAACUUGUCGUGUCCGUAGCGCAUGCUUGAGUUCAUAGGAGUGAGGUUUCUCUUGCUAUGGAGUCCUUGAAAAAAUCGGUGAAUCUAUUAUUAGUUAUGCGAGUCCAGUGGAUGUCCCAUGAUGUGUGGAGACUGAUGGAAUUGGGCUCUCUUAUGCUAUUGUCUUUGAUUUUUCUCAUGUUUGUUUAAAGAGCUGGGAAUGCAUUCACCGAUUCCAACUAUAGCCAAUAGCCUUAUCUGUAUUACCAGUGACUCGUUAUGUUGUUUGCAAGUUGACUGCAAUUUACAGCCCCGUCUUGUCUAUUUUAUAGAUGUAAAUUUCAAGCUUACUGUUAUUGUAACCCAUUAUGUUUA